AUGUCAUAUGCUGGGCACGCGAAAGAACAUGGUUCCAGAAGUAUACGUCCAAUGGAUAAAAAUGAUCUAUCACGGGCCACGAGCCAUGUGCAGACCGCGGCAGGACAGUCAAAACCAUUCCGUAGAAAGACCGGUGUGCAUCAGAGAUCGGUGCUCUCCCCUCUACUCUUCGUCACGGUCAUGGAUGCAGUGACGAAAGGUCUCAGCGAUAGCCUCCAUGGGCUCGCCUGUAUGCAAACGAUGUGGUGUUGA